GCGCCCUCUGUCGAAAAGAAAGAAAAACAGAGAUUAAAAGAAGGUUAAUUUUCUGGAAACGUCGUCGUUGGAAGAUUUACUCGCCGCCGUCGCCGUUCGGGAAAUUACAACGUUGGCCAGACGUGAUGGAAAAACAGCAGAGGUAUGUAUCUGAUAGACAAGUGACAUAGUAGACGGUAGUAGCUACAUAUGGUCAAAUGAAAUACAUAUAACGAGGAAUGCGAGGUGAGGCGAGGCAAUCGCGACGUUGACAUUCGAGCGUGGCGUGCACAUGUUCGAUGUCGGUACCGUAGUUUGAUUUACGCAGCCGUAGAUGCGAUCUCUAUUAAACGUGUAUCCCGUACAUGGAUUGUGGGGAUGGACGGUAAAUCACGAGAAUCUGUUGGUCGCGGUGCAAGCCCAAUAGUUCUUCCAAGCAUCAACGUGAUACACAUAAUUGGUGGCGUUGCUACCGAGAGUUGCUAUAUCGUACGGAAAGCGCAUGCCCGAGAUCGGCGAGUAUUCGGAAGAAAAAUUCCCCCGUACUUACAAUUAGAGGCACGAAGAAUUACUCGACGGAAGGAAACAGGUUCGCCCGUGAGCUUCCUAGAUAAAAACUUUUUCCUAAAACUCCAACUAUCUUGGCUCGUUCGAUUAAACUCGACUCCGUUUACUCGGCGCCUUCAAAUUCAUUUAACUUCUCUGCUACUGUUGGCGCCUAUGGGGCGAUCAACUUACUUCCGUCCCCCCAAACGAGAGUAGCGCCUACUUCUAUGGGCGCUCACUUCACGUUGCUCGAAUCAAACUGAAGGCGUCUAUAGGCAAAUGUUACCGAUGACAGUUGCAGCAAAUAUUCACUUGAAAGUAGACGUAAGUGAAUUCUAACUCAAUUGCAUUUUCCAGUCAUAUAUUAUUUAAACGAUUAUUUUACAGUUACUUCAUUUAAGCUGUGGUAGUAAAUUAAUCGCAAAAAGGCACAAAUAUGCAGUGUAUAGAAGGGGGACGUAUCAAUGCAAGAAACGUAAUGUAGGAUUAUUGGUAU